AGUAGCCGCCCCUUCUCUCCCUGACGAAUCGCCCAUCCUGUAGAUGCUGAUUGGCUGCGCACAGACGACUGACAAGCCAGGAAGUGCCGCGGUGCGGUGGAGCUGCUGGCUCUGCAGGAAGAACCAAUGUGGGGUUCAGGGAGGAGGUAUCUUGGGUGUUUUGUAGGUGAGAGGGCUCGAGGAUCCUGGGAAUCAGAGACCGAACUAGACCUCAGUACCACCGCAGAACGGGCAGCACCUUCCAGAAUGGUCUUUGAAGCGAACUGAUUUCUUCUCGGCUUCAAGUGAAUCUGGAACCUAGACGCCACAACGGGUUCUUGGUCUCGGUACCUUUCUAGUCCCAGCGAGCUUCCCAGCCCUCAAAGGGGGCGUGUUUUGUGUCUGUUUUGGAGUGGAGCCUUUGGCCUGAUUUUAGUAAAUACCCCGCCCGCUGCACCAACCUUUCCUGAAAGCCACCCUUGAUCAGAAUGUUGCCAUCCCAAUUCAACGAUUUUUAAAACUUCAUAUUGUUCACACAAAAUCCUAAGAACUUGGUCAACAUGGUCCACCACCAGGACGCCUUGAAAGCACUUGCUGUGAAGUCACUGGAUAGCCCACUGGAGGCAAUACCUUGAAGAAAAAUGUCAAGUUACUAUACGAGCAUACACUGUAGGAGCUUCCUGAGCAAAGGUGCAUGAUGUUUACUUCCUACAAGGUUAACAAGUGAGCCAUCCAGAUUUUUUGCUAUGAUUUUUCCAUGUUGCUGUCUGGCUUCAACAGAUUUGUGGGCUUGUGAAGUAUUUGUAGGCUACACAGUUCAUCGCUGCGAAUCUGUGACAGAGCCGCCGCGCGAGGUCAGCGGACGACGUCAGCAGGACACCGCGGGGGACUCCCGAGAACUUAGGCCGAGCCGAGGCGCUUCCCAGUGGAAGCCCAGCUCGGAGCCCGGAGACCUCUUUGGAGAGGCCGAAAGCGCAGAGACGCCGCGGCCGAGGGAGGAGACGCGUCCAGGAGGACGUGCCGUCUGCGCCGCUGUCACCAGACAUUCUCCCUCGCGCUGCUUAUCCGACGCCUCCUCCGGGAAGCCGGAGUUGCUCCGCCCGGCAGCGGGGUUCGCUGUCUGUGCGCGGGGCCCCUCUCACUUCUCUGCACACGAACGAACGCGUGGGCGCUGUGGGCGCCCCAGGCCUCCCGAGAAGACCCGCACAGAAACUCCUCCGCCCGCCGACGGGACGCUUCCUUGCACCUGUGACCAUCCUGUCCGCGCCUCCUGCCCCCUCUUCCCCGGGGGCCUGCUGCGUCCACGGUGUUCUGGAUCCAAUGUCCUACAACUGCUGACGGGACCUCAACCUGCAUCUGCAGCCUCUCUCUCUUCCUAUGACGACCGCCUGGGCGAGGUACUGUCUGAGUACUUCACCUUCACCCGGUCCCAAGCAAGGCAGGCCUGCCACGCUGAGGUCAGGGUGGGGCUUUUAAGCCCUAACUUACGGGAUGGGGGGCGAUGACCUUGGAAAUCCUGAGUCUCUGGGCUAUGCUGUGACUUCACUGUAGUGCCAGGCCUAGAGGCCAAGAGUGGGCGGGGGAAAGUCCCGAUGGGACAUGUACCUUGUGGGGUUGAGAGCUCUGCAUCUUAAACAGCCUCCACUUGCCCUCCAGGCAAAAUAGUAAAUAAAAACACAUCACCUGGGGUGCUCGGUGGGUUAAAGCCUCUGCCUU